CGUCUUUACCAAAUACCAACUCAACGCUUUUCAAAUUUCAACUCUCUAUUUCUCUCGUUUCUCACAUACAUACAUAGAUACGAAAACACGCAUUAAGAUUUGAAGAAUUAUUAGCGAAAGGUAGAAUAGAAUGGGGGAUGGAGAUUGCAGGCCGCUUGGGUUUUUGAUCGGUUUGCCGUUUGCAUUACUUGCAUUGGUGAUCUCGGUUAUCGGAGCGGUUAUCUGGAUCAUCGGAUCUGUGAUCAGCUGUUUGUGCCCCUGUUGCUGUUGUUUCACCGGACUCGCAAAUGUAGCUGUUGAUCUCAUCAAACUUCCUAUUAAAGUUCUUAGAUGGUUUACUUAUCAGAUUCCUUGUUAAUUUACCUUACCUAAUAAUAGUGUUAUAUGACUAGUUUCUUUCUUUUUUGUUAUUCUUUUCAUGUUACAUGUUUCUUUCUAAAUAUUAUUGUAGCAGAUUUUUAACAUUUAUGGAGGAUUAUUUUUAUUUGA